UAUACCUUAAUCCAACAGCUGGUUUACUCGAUCCAUUAUGGCAACCGAUGUGGCACUAGAUACAACUAUGGGCUCGUUCACCGUGGAGCUUUACAAUGAACAUGCGCCCAAGACAUGCAAGAACUUCGCGACACUCGCUCAAAGAGGCUACUACAACGGCGUCAUUUUCCACCGCAUAAUCCCAAACUUCAUGGUCCAAACUGGCGAUCCCACCGGCACUGGCAGAGGAGGCAGCUCGAUCUACGGCGAGAAGUUCGAAGACGAGAUACAUUCGGGUCUCAAACACACUGGAGCUGGAGUAUUGAGUAUGGCGAAUAGCGGACCGAACACGAAUGGCAGCCAAUUCUUUAUCACCCUCGCCCCGACUCCAUGGCUGGAUGGGAAGCAUACCAUCUUCGGUAGGGUCAAGAGCGGAAUGAGAGUCAUCCAGCGUAUGGGGCUAGUCAAGACCAAUCCAGAAGACAGGCCAGUGGACGAAGUGAAGAUAAUCCGAGCGAGAGUCAUCGAGGAAGGUGUAGAGGAAUGAGCUAUCUCGGAGAGGUCCCGUUGGAACUCGGAGAUCACAAUUGCCUACUGCCGCACUUUCACGGUACCUCCAUGGGAAUUCAGCUUAGAAGGGAAAUUCGCGAAGCACUCGGCUACAGGGCUCACGACUACCCUUUACAAGAGCAACAGAUACAGUGCAGCCAUGACCAGUCAACCAGCGCGCGUACGAUAUGUCUGUACUCUCGUGCAGGGGAAACCCACAGAAGGUUCACUACCAGGGCUACUUGACCAAGCUUCGGCUCUUGCAGAAAAAGUGCAAAUGCUUCUUAAUAUAAAAUAGCAGAACAGAUGAUAUGUAACAAUAAGAAUGUAUCACUACAAACGAACUGCUUCCAUCAGAUGUUAUCUCCAGAGCAGCAGAUACAGAGUGACCAUGGUCGUAUCUACCACUCCCAUACGAAGACAAGACCAAUGAAGGCUUGUCCAAAGGAGACGGCACUGUCAUAGAAAGGCA